AUGAGUGGUGCUAGCGAGGAUCCCCUUCCAUUCCAACCGUUACACUCAGUGUACCUCUUCGAGCGCAGCUCCCUAUGCAGCUGCACUGAGCUUGAAGUUGUUUUGGCCCGUCUCUAUCAAUAUCAGUACUCGGGUUUGUACAUGAACGACGGGUCAUCAAAUGUUGCACUAAUUACCGAGGAUGUUGUUGAACAGGAUUGUUCUGAGGUGCGAUCCGCUCCGUUGUCGCCAAAUUCAGCCUUGACUUGCGAAAUGUGCCAGAAUUAUGAGGUUAACUUAACGCUGAUUCAGGAAAAUGAGCGUAAAUUGCGUGACCAGCUGAAAGCUGUGAAGUCGUUAGCCGAACGCUAUGAAAGCGAGUUAUCUGAGGAAAGGAAAUACAGGGAGGAUGUGGAGAAAAAAAUGGUUGAGCUUUCUGCACAAUUUAACGAUGAUCUGAAAACUGCUUUUGGUAGCAACACGGCGCUUGAAGAACGUAUCAAAGAGCUCUCCCAAAAGCAACAGAAAGAAAAGGAAAAAUGCAUGAAACAAGUGCAGGAUGUCGAUCAUAUCUGUUCAGUCUUGGAGUCAGAUAUAAAGAAAUUAGCUGCUAAGUAUCAGGAACUGCUCGGUUCAAAUCGCGCCACUGCGAGCGAAAUGAGGGCUGAACCGAUUGACCUUCCACAGAAUGCGGAUCAGUUGCAGUUCCUUUGUUUGCAGAUGAGAGAAGAGUUGAUAGAAUUGAAGUCUGCGCGACAACAUGAGCAGAAUGAGUUGCGAGACGAAAUCGCUUUAUUAAGAGAGCAGAUUGGAGAAGAACGAAAUGCUAAACUUGCUCUUGAGCGUGAUCUUCUUGCUCAGGUCAAUCAUCUUCAGACACAACUUGGCAUUGCAGCUAGUAAACUCUCUUCUGCCGACGCUGUUGUUAUGUCUAGCGAAUCUCACUCAAGACAAAUACGAGAUCUACAAAACACUGUAGCUGAACUCGAAGCGCAAGUGAAGCAGGUCCAAAGCGAACGUGCUGCAGUGGAAAUGACUGCACAGAAUUAUAAAGCACGGUGUACCUCAUUGCAAAGCGAAUUGGACACAUCAGAAGCCGUUCAAAAGGACUUCGUGCAGCUUUCUCAAAGUUUACAAAUUCAACUUGAAAAAAUUAGGCAGUCUGAACAGGAGGUACGAUGGCAGUGGGAAGAUGACGUUGAGAAUUGCUCCGGUUGUGGAAUGUCAGUAGUAAAAUUAAAGCCACGACCUAGGUGUUUGCACUGUUGUAAAAUAUUCUGCUCAACAUGUGUGCAACAGACAGUUCCUAGCGGACCAAAUCGAAGGCUUGCUAAUGUUUGCCAUGUCUGUCAUACCCUGCUUAAUAGGGAUUCAAAACCAUUCUUUGCCGUGGAUCCUACAGACUAG